AGAGAGGGUUGAUGGACGUGGCCAGCGACCAGUGCGAGCCCGGAGUAGGCUGAGCGCUGGCCUGGAAGCGCUAGACCUGUGAGGUGUGCGGGUGGCUGCUGGAGUGAGGCUUCGGUAGACAUGGCUCCCAACGUGUUGGCUUCCGAGCCGGAGUAUCCGAAGGGCAUCCGGGCCGUGUUGCUGGGGCCGCCCGGGGCUGGCAAGGGGACCCAGGCACCCAAAUUGGCUGAAAACUUCUGUGUGUGUCAUUUGGCCACUGGGGACAUGCUGAGAGCCAUGGUGGCUUCGGGCUCAGAGCUGGGGAAAAAGCUGAAGGCGACGAUGGAUGCUGGAAAGCUGGUGAGUGAUGAGAUGGUUGUGGAGCUCAUUGAGAAGAAUUUGGAGACUCCUUCGUGCAAAAAUGGCUUUCUUCUAGAUGGCUUCCCUCGGACUGUGAGGCAGGCUGAAAUGCUUGAUGACCUCAUGGAGAAGAGGAAAGAGAAGCUGGAUUCAGUCAUCGAGUUCAGCAUCCAAGACUCACUGCUGAUCCGGAGAAUCACUGGAAGGCUGAUUCACCCUAGCAGUGGCCGGUCCUACCAUGAGGAGUUCAACCCUCCAAAGGAGCCCAUGAAAGACGAUAUCACUGGGGAGCCCCUGAUCCGCAGGUCAGAUGACAACGAGAAAGCCUUGAAGACCCGCCUGGAGGCAUACCACACUCAGACCACUCCACUAGUGGAGUACUACAGGAAGCGGGGCAUUCACCAAGCCAUUGAUGCAUCCCAGACCCCUGACAUCGUGUUUGCGAGCAUCCUGGCAGCCUUCUCCAAAGCCACAUCCUAGUAACAGAAGGCCAGGCGAGACCGCACCACUGCUCAUCUCCCCGCCGUGUGAUCCCUGCUCUUAGGUGCUGGGCAGAAGAAAAGAGGGUGGUCAUGGGAAGGAAGGAAGGAUGAAUGGAUGGUGAGGGAGGUGGGAGGGACUCAAGAGGAGAUUUGGAACAGUGGCAGUGUUAUAAUUAGUAAGAUUUUGUUUUUUACACAUAGGUGAAAAUUUUUAACGUGUAAGCAAGAGAAAAGAUUAAUUUUUUUAAAAACUGUGAUUGGAGGGCUUUGGUGCAAAUAAGGAGACAUGGUAUUAUUUUUAAGCAAUCAGCCUCGUUUCCUCUGGACCACAAAGCUAAUGGUCUCUAAGAGACCUCAGCUUCUGCAUAAGAACCUCACGGAUCACUAGGCCAAGAACAGAGCAGUCAGACUGGGCCUGUGGAUCCUGUGCAGAGGAGGGGGCUGCUGACUCAUGGUGGCCCCCAUUCCAUAAAGUUAAAGACUCACCUGCGUGGAUGGAAGAGACAGGGGCGUGAGCUCACGGAUGCUGGUUCAGCAGAUCAUUUACUGGAAUUGUGGGGAGCAAGGGAACACAGAUCCCAUACUUAUGACUUCAAAGUUGCCUGCUCUGGUGACAAAGCCUUUAGCCACCCAGCACACACUAGUCUUACAACCUUGCCUUCAUUCAUCCGAAUGAGGCCUAGGAAUGUAGCUCAGUGGCAUGUGUGUGUGCCUGGCGCUAUAUAGCCCUGGGUUCAGUCCUCUACAGUGAAGGGUUGGGACAAAAGCUAAAAUGUCUUAAGCUAAGUCAUCCAAAGAUUGUCCUUCUCACCUUCAAAUCCUGGGACUGGGAUUGUCCAACAACACUGUGAUGUAUUUUUCAAUGAGGUGCCUUUCAUAACUGACCAAAUGCUGCCAUGUUUGGCUCCAGAGUCAAUAAAAUAUGUUGAAAAAUUUUA